UCCGAAGCCAAACGCCCAAAGUCGUCCACGUAGUGUUCGCGUUUGAAUAAAGUCAUAAAAAUGCAUCAUGGUGUAGUAAAAACAGUAAACAACUCACGACAGUGUGAGAAGAAAGCUAUGAAGCGUGCGACAAGGCAGGCGACUACAUUAUGCUGAAAGAUGGGAGAGAAAGUACUGAAGACGAAACCUGACCAACGGCACUUGCAGACGUCGAUCGCUACUUGGAUGCGUGAGGACUUUUAGUUCAAGUUCAAAUUCGUCGCGCUGAUGGCGUUUCGUUCGGUGUGGUGUCUAGCCUUAUCGUGUUUAGUGCUGGAAGGCGUAGUUUCUCGCACGAUGGCCAACGAAAGCAAUAGUACAGUGCAGUAUUGGGACCUGGCUAGCGAGAACCUUACUAUUCCGGGACGUUUUGCUUGGAAUGAUAGUUUAAUGAUUGAUCCGAAUGGUUUUAUAGGAAAGGCACCGUUGCUUAACAGUGGCGUAUGGACAUGGAUCACGACCGUGUUUGGAAUGCCUAUUUUUAGUGUGUUUGCGUACAGGGCAGCCCCUCGUAACUGUGCACCUUGCUCAUGUGGGACAAAUGCAAAUAAUUCAAAAAUUGUCGGUGGUCACGAAGCUGAGAUCGGGCGUUACCCGUGGAUGGUGGCACUGUACUACAACAACCGGUUUAUUUGCGGAGGAUCCUUGAUCAACGAUCGGUACGUCCUGACGGCAGCGCACUGUGUGUUUGGUAGCGAUCGGUCGCGUUUUAGCGUGAAAUUUUUGAUGCACGACCGCACAGUUCCCAAGGAGGAUUCAUUCGAGCGUAAGGUGUCCUACAUAAUGACGAACUGGUUCUUGAACGUGCUCGUUUUCAUUACGAACGACGUAGCUCUUUUGAAACUGAGCGAACCAGUACCACUGGGCGAAACAAUUAUCCCAGUGUGCUUACCACCGGAAGGCAACACAUACGCUGGACAGGAGGGAAUCGUGACCGGCUGGGGUAAGUUGGGUGAUGGUACGUUUCCCAUGAAACUGCAGGAAGUACACGUGCCGAUACUGUCGAACGAGCAGUGUCACAACCAGACGCAGUACUUCCGGUUCCAGAUCAACGAUCGUAUGAUGUGUGCUGGGAUUCCCGAGGGUGGUAAGGACUCCUGCCAAGGUGACAGCGGAGGACCGAUGCACGUGUUCGAUACCGAAGCAAAUCGGUUCGUGAUUGCGGGCGUCGUAUCGUGGGGCUUCGGCUGUGCCCAACCACGGUUUCCGGGCAUAUACGCCCGAGUGAACCGAUUCAUUUCGUGGAUUAACUUCAAUACUCGAGAUGCGUUUGAAUGUCAGCAUCAUCUGCAUUUCCUAAUGCGCGAAAUGCGCGUGAUCACCAGAAAGAUCCGUUCAGCGUCUGAUCGGCCGUACAAGUCUUUCCUGAAGUGUGUGUGUGUGUUUCGGUGCUGUGUCGAGGCCAUUUCUAACCUAACCAUGAUAAUGAAUCGUUCCUCAUCCGUUCACUUGAUGGCAAUCUGGGUUCUGAUGCUGACAACGCUAGCUGUCCCAUUGCUAGCAGCUCCCGUUUACAACUCCAGCGAAUCCUGUGAUUGUGUUUGUGGAGUUGGAGGACGCACCAAUCGCAUUGUCGGAGGCUCCGAAGCCGCUGCACAUCAAUUCCCCUGGUUGGCUGGCCUUUUCCGCCAGGGCAAACUAUACUGCGGAGCAUCGGUCGUUUCGCGCAAUUUUCUGGUCACGGCAGCACACUGUGUAAACUCGUUCGAAGCGAGUGAGAUUAGGGUUUAUCUCGGAGGGCAUAAUAUUGCCAAGGAUUACACCGAGCUUCGGAGAGUGAAACGAAUCAUCGACCACGAGGAUUUCGAUAUAUUCACGUUCAACAACGAUAUUGCUCUCCUGGAGCUAGAUAAACCACUGCGCUAUGGACCCACCAUUCAGCCAGCUUGCCUCCCGGACGGAAGUGUAAUGGACUUUACUGGAACAAUCGGUGUGGUUGCUGGAUGGGGAAGGGUGGAGGAGAAGCGUGCUCCAUCCAAGACGCUGCGAUCCGUUGAAGUUCCCAUCUGGUCACAGGAGCAAUGCCUUGACGCUGGGUAUGGCAGUAAGAAGAUCUCUGCCAACAUGAUGUGCGCCGGGUACCACGAUGGGCAGAAAGAUGCUUGCCAGGGUGAUAGUGGUGGCCCGAUGCAUAAGAUGGGACUGUUUGGCAGCAUGGAAGUGAUUGGAGUCGUUUCGUGGGGACGGGGAUGCGCCCGCCCAAAUUUGCCCGGUAUCUACACGCGCAUCGUCAAUUACUUGCCUUGGAUUCACGAGAAGCUUGCCAACGAAUGUCUCUGCCCGCCUAAGGAUGUUGCUCGAAGGAUUUGAUGUGACUGUGAAGUUACACGACCUAGAGACACAGAAGUGUGCUGUUGAUAAUUUAUUCGUUUUCUAGUCACAACAUACCAUAGGAUGUAGAGGCUGAUGAUUCGGCUGUAACUAUUAGCAUGUAAGAUAUGGCUACAUUCGCGUAUUGUUAUGAAACGUUUAUUAUGCGGCAGAAAGUAAAUAAAACCAGAAACACAUACGACAUUCCAUGUUCCGUGAAUGAGUCA